AUGUUUAUUUCAAAAUCAAGCAGUAAAGUAGCUUUUAUUUUAUUAGUCGUAUUUUGUUUUGUAAAAGGCUAAGGAAGCGGUUCUGGAGCAGUAGUAGGUGGUACUUCUAUUUAUUGCACAACUGGUGGAUUUUGCACUGAUGCAAAUUGUGGAAGUUCAGGAAUUGUUGCAAAUAAUUGGUAAAGUUUAGUAGGAAGUACCACAGAUUGUGUAAUAGCUGAUUGCACUUAAUUAGUUUAAAAUGUAUCAAAUAAUUCUUGCUAUUCCUGUAAUUAUGGAAUAAGUGCAAACAUUUAUGCAAGUGCAGAUAAAACAUAGUGUGUAACAUUUAAAAAAAGUAAUUCUUAAAUAUUAUUUGUAUGUUUAUUUGUUUUAAUUACAUUUUUAUUGUGA